AUGUCCCAAUUCCACGCCGAACGGAAGGACGAGGGCGAGCUCCGCUCCACGGCAGAGGUCUUCUCGAGCGUGCGGCAGCAGGCCGACCAAAUCGGGAAGCGCUUCGCCAGCGGCGGCCGUUACACGGAGGAGCAGUUCAAGGCGGGUGCGGACGUGAAGGACGGGCCGGAGCCGGCGGCGGAGGAGGGCGGUGGCGGCGAGGAGGCCAAGUCGGACGCAGUCAGCACCAACUUUGACCCAGACGACAACCGCACGCUGUACGACCGGCUCAAGGAGCAGCGCGACGCGAAGCAGGAGGAGUGGGAGGCGGCGCACCAGUUCAAGAACCAGAUGGACCACUGGCGGCUCGACGAGGACGACGCCGCCUUCGAGGAGGAGCGAGUCGACCGCCUCAACGCGCAGCGGAGGGAGGCGGAGCGGAUGAACCAGGAGAGUGCAGAGUUCUACAAGCUCGCGCGGGAGCGACGCACCACGCAGGUGGCGCCC